AUGAGCCCCAUGCAGUGGGGGCUUCUGCUGGGGUGCCUGGGCUGCAGAAUCCUGCCUGGAGCCUGGGCCCAGUUCCCCCGGGUCUGCAUGACCUUGGACAACCUGGUGAACAAGGAGUGCUGCCCACCACUGGGUGCCAAUCCGGCCAACGUCUGUGGCUUACAGGAGGGCCGCGGGCAGUGUGCAGAGGUGCAAGCUGACACCAGGCCCUGGAGUGGCCCGUACGUCCUGCGAAACCAGGAUGACCGUGAGCAGUGGCCAAGGAAGUUCUUCAACCGGACCUGCAAGUGCACAGGAAACUUUGCUGGCUACAACUGUGGAGACUGCAAAUUUGGCUGGUCGGGCCCCAACUGCAAUCAGAGGAAGCCACCAGUUGUUCGACGGAACAUUCACUCCUUGACCCCUCAGGAAAGGGAGCAGUUCUUGGGUGCCUUAGACCUUGCCAAGAAGAGGACCCACCCUGACUACGUGAUCACUACCCAGCACUGGCUGGGCCUGCUUGGGCCCAGUAGGACUGAGCCACAGAUCGCCAACUGCAGCAUUUAUGAUUUUUUUGUGUGGCUGCAUUAUUAUUCUGUUAGAGAUACACUAUUAGGACCAGGGCGCCCCUACAAGGCCAUAGAUUUCUCACACCAAGGGCCUGCCUUUGUUACCUGGCACCGGUACCACUUGUUGUGGCUGGAAAGAGAUCUGCAGCGACUCACUGGAAAUGCGUCGUUUGCUUUGCCGUACUGGAACUUUGCCACUGGCAAGAACGAGUGUGAUGUGUGCACAGACCAGCUGCUGGGGGCAGCAAGACAAGAUGAUCCCACUCUGAUCAGUGAGAACUCAAGAUUUUCCAGCUGGAAAAUUGUCUGUGACAGUCUGGAUGACUACAACCGCCGGGUCACCCUGUGCAAUGGCACUUAUGAAGGUUUGCUGAGAAGAAACCGAGUGGGAAGAAACAGUGAGAAACUGCCCACCUUAAAAAAUGUACAAGAUUGUCUGUCUCUCCCCAAGUUUGACAGUCCUCCUUUCUUCCAGAACUCCACCUUCAGCUUCAGGAAUGCCCUGGAAGGAUUUGAUAAAGCAGAUGGGACGAUCGACUCUCAAGUGGCCAACCUUCACAAUUUGGUCCACGCCUUCCUGAAUGGGACAAAUGCUCAGCCACAUUCAGCUGCCAAUGACCCUGUUUUUGUGGUUCUCCAUUCCUUUACUGACGCCAUCUUUGAUGAGUGGAUGAGAAGAUACAACCCUCCUGUGGAUGCCUGGCCUCAGGAGCUGGCACCCAUUGGCCACAAUCGGAUGUAUAACUUGGUUCCUUUCUUUCCUCCGGUCACCAACGAGGAACUCUUUUUACCUGCAGAACAACUUGGCUACAGUUACACCAUUGAUCUGCCAGUAAGUUUGGAAGAAACUCCAGGUUGGAGCCCAACACUCUUAGUGGUUUCAGGGCUGCUGCUGGCUAUGGUGGGUCUUUUUGUGCUGCUGAUGUACCUUCAAUACCGAAGGCUUCGAAAAGGAUACACACCCCUGAUGGAGACUCAUCUAAGCAACAAGAGAUACACAGAAGGCGCUUAG